AAUAGACAUAAACAAAUUAGCAAAAAGAUUAAAAAUCAUUGAAAAACAAGUAUAAUUAAUUUUUGUAAAGAAUUAUUUUAUUGGAGGUUAAAAUUUGCCAUCUCGAUGAAAAAGAAAAAAGUGUAUUAAUAAUUUGUACUUAUUGUCAUUAAUAACCUUGAAUAAUACGUAAUCAUGGAACAGGUGAUUAUCAAAAGAAAAAAAAUAAACAAGAGUUGGAUAAUAAAAGGAGGAAAAUCAAUAUUGACUUAUAGAAAACUGAACAAGACAUAAAAUGUGUGAUAUCGAUAUAACGUCACUGCGAGAUGUUGAAGGUUAAAUCAUUUCUUGGGAUUUGGUCCUUAAAGACAGGCACAUUGUUUAGUGGAGUAUGCAGUAUAGUAUUAACAAUUUUAACAAUUAUUGUUCUUUUCACUGUGAAUGCUGAUUGGAAAACUAUAAUUAUCAAUGUAGAUAAAAAUAUAGCUCGUAUAAUUUUUACCAUAUUUUUGUGUAUGACAAUAUUAUAUUCAACACUUUUAAUUAUCGGUGCACUAAAGCGGAAAACUUUAUUUAUGCUACCAUGGGUUACAUUGACAAUGGUUGCCAUUCCUGGAAUAUUCAUAAGUGUUCUUUAUACCUCAAUUAUGUUUUUUCUUCAAAAACACAUACUGGAAGGAGUUAUUUGUUUAAUUCUUGGUCUAAUAUUUAAUGUUCUCUGCGCUUAUGCUUGGCUUGUGGUAAAUAGUUAUUAUAAUCAAUUAAAAAUUGAAAAAAUGAGUACCAAAAUAGGACCAUACGGAAAACCUUACAAUUAUCAGCGCCCCUAAUUGUAUUUUCAAAAAUGCAAGAAGUGCCACACCAACUUAAACUUGAACUGAUUAAAUUUUAUAUUUUGAGAUCUGAGCAUAAUAAAAAAAAAUUAAUCCUGCUUUUUAUAAUCAGCAAAAAAAAAAAAAAAAUUAGUUGAAUCUCAUUUUGGAGAAAAAGCGAUUUAAUAACAUUAUUUUUAUAUCGUGAAUGUAUUUAAUAAUUUAUUUAGAUCUAUAUUUUUUAACUUUGCAAAAAGAAAAAAUUUGCAAAUUUUUGUAUUAACUGUCUAUUAGGGUCAAACCAUUAUAUUUCAACUAAAGUGGUCGCUGACUAAUUUUUAAAAAUUAUAAUACUUUGCAGGAAUGAUUUUGAAGUUAUCAAGAUCACGAAAUGAAAAGAAUUUUAUUAA